GACGUGUAGGGGCUGCUCGGAUUGCUCUGCCGCUCAAUCUUUCAUGCCGAUUUGUCUGGAUUUAAAGCCGUGACUUUGGAAGAUGAGUGUGGAAGUGGAGAGAAAGUUUUUAUGCAACGCUGACACUCUGAAAACGCUGGAGGAGAUCGGGGCAGUGUGUGUUGGUCAGCGGCAGUUUCAGGAUCAGUACUUUGACACUCCAGUGUUUGACCUCACUUUGAACGACAUGUGGCUGCGGAAGCGUAAAGGAUGCUGGGAGCUCAAGUGCCCGACGACAACAACAGUCAACGGGACAGAGGAGACAAGUGGGGAACAAUCUAAAGCCGCUGCAUUGUGUAGUCGCUACAAGGAGAUAACGAAUCUGCCCGAUAUUCAGCUGAGAGUGAAAGAGGUCAUCAAAGAGGACGUGGACAGUGAAACAACAGAGAAAAUCUCAUCACAGGAGGAUGAGUCUUGGCUGGGUAAAAUGAAUCUAGUGUGCUUUGCAGAGUUUACAACAGUGCGACGGUCAUUCACUUUAGAGGAAGAGGGGGUGCAGAUAGAUCUAGACCAAGCUGACUUUGGCUACCACGUGGGAGAGAUAGAGGUCCUCAUACCAGAGGGAGGAGAUGUGCAAUCCGCCCUGGAGAAGAUUGAAAGAACAGCUCAGAAGCUGGGUCUGACUGGACAUCAACGAGUUGAGGGAAAAAUGAAUAUUUACCUUAAAAGAUAUCGCCCAGAGCACUAUGAAAAACUACUGAGUGCACAUGUUUUGUAAGAGCUAUUCUAUAUGUGACAGCGUAAUGGUUUUUGACAUGUACAUAGUCAUAUCUGUUAAACUGAGGUAUUAUUUAUGAGAAAAGCUAAAUGAAUUUUAUUGUAAG